AUCACCGACGGCUUCCUCUGCUGCCUCCUGGGCAAGACCCCCAACGCCGUGGCCCCUCUGGACAGCGUUGAAUCCAGCGACGGCUUCACCUUCCUGGAAGUGAAACCCGGCCGAAUCCUCCGGAUCCGCCACCACGUCCCCAACCGCCGGGAAUUCCCUCCGGAACCGGAGCAACAACCGGCCGAUCGCGGCGCCGUGCGCUGCAAGCGCCGCAUCACGCUCUACCGCAACGGGCAACUCCUCAUCGAGAACCUCUCCGACGCCGCUCACCAAAACCCCGAUCCCAACGCCGAGCAGGAAAACUCGGAUCCCUCCGGAAUUCCGGCGGCGCCGACGCCCGGGAAGCGUCGGAAGCGCAAACCCAAGAAGGUGGUGACGGUGGAUUGCGAGAAGCGCAUCACCGGCUGCAAGGGCGCGCACGGCGACGUGGUGCUCUUCUUCAUCCACGGCGUGGGCGGCUCCUUGGACAUCUGGAAGGAGCAGCUGGAAUUCUUUUCCAAGUUGGGAUACGAGGUGGUGGCGCCGGAUUUGGCGGGGCACGGCUGCAGCUCGGCGCCGCCCGUGGCCGCCGCCUACACCUUCUACGCCUUGGCCGAGGACAUGAGGGUGGUGUUCAAGCGUUACGCCAAGAAAAGGAACAUCCUGGUCGGGCAUUCCUACGGGUAAAGGGAUGGGAUUGGGAUUG